UCUCUUCGCUCAAGCUCACUUCUCUACCCUAGCCCUGCUUUCACUUCUUUUUUGUCUUUUGGGAAUCUGAGCUCUCUUCUCACUUAUCUGUUUCUAUCAUUUUCUUUUAAUUUUUUAUUUCUCCAUUGAUUUGUAGAGAGAGCUGAGCUUGAAAGAAGCUAAUUAGUCUAUGUAAUAUGUAGUGUGGUAUAAUGUAGAGAUCUGGAAGAAUUCCAUGGUGCGUUUCGGUAAAGCAAAGAUGGAACAGAUCUGGUUUCAGCCAAAGCCGAGAAGGGUUCAUAGGAGGGUAUGGUUAAGGAUCCAAAAAUCAAUGGGUGUCCUCGUGGGUGGGAAUCACACUUCUUCCAGGUUUUGCACUCGCUAAUUCUCUUCUUUUCUUUAGUUUGGCUUUAACCUCUCUGUCAAAAGACAAGUUUUUUUUUUCGACAAUUUCUUCGAAACCCACUGUUUGAAAUCCUCCUGUUUGAUCAAAUCAUUGAUAUUUUGGUGUCAAUUUCGUUCCUAAGAGUGAAAAUCCAUGGAUUUUAAGUCCUUGAGAAUCCAGAUCCUGAGUGGGUCAAUAGCCAGGCGCUUGCUGUUACGUGCAUUUAUGCUUGCCUCGGCUUUUUCUGUCAUUCCUUUCAUCCAAAUCCUUUCUGGGUCUGAUCCAGUAUUGCUCGAUUCUGUGAACUUCCACGAAUGUGAUUCGCUUUUUGCGGGCACGAAUUUGUUUCAGAAUCGGUUUUUGAAACCUAUUUGGAGCUCAUUUGAGUGCAAGGAAGAUGUUAAUUUGACCAUGGAUGUUGUUACAGCGCUAAUGGUUAAGCAACUGUUGGAUUACGGUUCAAAUGCUCUCUAUGUUGGUGAAGGAUCGGCCUCUGCCGUGUAUGCAUUGCGAGAGUUGGGAUUUUCCAAUGCUUGUGGGGUGCACCGACACCCCUUUUUCUCGAUUAAGCAUAGAAAGCUCGUUUAUGAGCUUCAAUUUGCAGACAAUUUCUUUGAUUUUGUGUUAUCUAGGGACUUAGAUGAAGUUUCGGUCCCUGCAGUUCUUGUGCUCGAGAUCGAGCGUGUUCUGAAGCCCGGUGGAAUUGGGGCUAUGCUGGUGGGUGUUGGUGGUUUGAACCCUAAUGGCUUGAUUAGGUCUGCUACACCCGUUUCGUCAUUAUUGAAAUCCUCCAAUGUGGUACAUGUUGGUUAUGUUCAUGAGUAUACAUUGGUGGUUUUCCAGAAAAGAUUUGAAAAAGUUGGCUUCUUUGAGCAAUUCCGUCUACCAGCUGAUUGCCAAUCUUUUUCGAAUAACAAACACUUUAUGGAACAUCUAGAGCCCCUUGUGGAGAACAAGGAAAUGGGAUUUGAGAAAAAGAUUGCAUUUUUGCCCAAUUUCAUUCAUGUGCUUUCAAGGAAGAAGUUGGUGUAUAUUGAAAUUGGGGCAGCAGAACGUCUGAACUCUAGUGUUGCUAAUUGGUUCAUUCCAUUUUAUCCUGUGGAUCACAAGGCUUUCGAUAUUUAUUUUGUUGAUCAUAACACUUCAGUUUUGCUUUCUUGUGUUAAAAAGCCUGGUGUUACCUUCAUUUACUAUCCUGGCCUUGCUGGAGACAAGAUUACCGCUUCGAUUUCUGAUGUUGAAGAUCUAGAUCCGUCUGUGGAAGAUGAGGGAUUUGAUUUCCUUUCUUGGUUUAGAGAGACAGUGGAGUAUGCAGAUUUUGUUGUUCUAAAGAUGAAAGCAGGGGAGGCAGAAUUGAAAUUCCUCACAGACUUGUAUGAAAGUGGAGCCAUUUGCUUUGUUGACGAGCUGUUCCUUAGCUGCGCAGAUCAUGUAGAUGACAAUGGUGUGAUGAGCAAGGACUGCAUGGAUCUCCUUAAAAGCCUUAGAAGCAGUGGCAUGUAUGUCCACCAAUGGUGGGGAGAGUAAUCCCCAAUUAAUUUAUGAGGAACUGUGUCUUGUUACUUUGAACUGUGUUUGUUGUUGCUUGUUGUUGUUGUUGUGUUCUAGUUCCUGUUUGCGUUGUUUUAGUUGAAGUUCCUCAAGUGGUCAUGCAGGAUGUAGUAAAGCAUCCAAUCCAAAGUUGCUUUGUGGUUGGGCACUUUAAGCAGUUAAUCUAAAUAAACAACCAUUUUAUGUUA